AUGGAGCCACCAUCCCGAACAGCGAGGAUCUCCCAUGGAUGCUGGACUUGUCGGCUACGACGGAAGAAAUGCGAUGAACAGCACCCUGUAUGUGACAUUUGUGCAGCCCUCUGCAUCACCUGCCACUACGACGACAAGAAGCCCGAGUGGAUGGACGGUGGCGCAAAACAGGAGGAAAUGAUGGAGAACCUGAAACGAGAAGUGAAGCAGAAAGCGCCAUACCGCCGAGUUGAGCGUCCGCACGUCUCUGGUGAGAAGGUGUUCAAUACCGGCUUUGGUGAAUGGUCGACAGGACCCCAAAACAUGAUGCCAGAACAGACGCAAAAUGGGACAUACAAUGGCACAGACUCACAUGUAUCACUAUCACAAGGGACGGGCUGUGGGCAUCUCGACAGAAGCAGCCUGUUGGACCGAUCCGACUCAAUUCUCACAACAUUUUACCUUCAGAGUGUGCUCCCCUUCCUGUUUCCGUUCUAUCGUCCCCCGAUCGCACGAGGUGGGACAGCAUGGAUCUUGGAGCUGAUGAUCCGCAGUCCGGUGGUCAGGCAAGCUACAUUAUGCCAGGGUUGUUUCUUCUUCUGCCUUGCGCAGGGGACGGAUAGUCGCGAGGUCAUAUGCGAUACUGUAUUCUCGCAAGUCAGAGAGGCCUUUCAGAGUCUGGAAAGAGCAAUUCAAGCCAUGAACGGGUCGGAUAUUGUCGAAAAUCCCCACGGCACGGUACAGAUCAUGGUCAGCAUCGUGCAGAUGCUUCACUUUGAGGUCGCGGCGCUGACAUUUGAGAACUGCGGCGCACAUCUCAAUGCUGCUCUAGCACUCUUCUGCCAACUAUUUGUCAGGCCAUGCAAUGUUGAGCCUGUUGGGCUACGAGCAAAUUUCAAUACAUUCAUGGGCCGCCUGGGGCCAUCGUCAUACAUCCCCCCGGCCGAGCACAUCCUCAUUCCGAGCGCUGAGCAGGAUGCUUUUUAUUUCUCGACCGCUCUUCUAUUAUUCGAUGAUAUUAUUGCGAGUACUACGUUGCAAAAACGACCUCGCCUCUAUCAGUAUCACCACAGUCUACUCGAGAGCACUGAAGGACGCGUACCUGUGAUAAACUUGGACGAAGUUAUGGGAUGUCAAAACACGACAAUUUUACAGAUUGGUGAGAUUGCUGUCCUCGACGAAUGGAAAAAGGAACGUCAGAACGCCGGGAAGCUCGAUAUGAUUGAGCUGACCAGCCGCGCGACACGGAUUAAAAAUAUCCUAGAAGGGCAAAUCGUGCGCCUUGAUGGCGAGCCCACUGAGGGUUGUAAACCCGGUGGGAACUUAUUGGAUCUUCUUGCCCCGAAUUAUGGCGCAUCGAGCUCACGCCGUCUGGUUACGCUUGUCUGGACCCAUGCCACCCUCCUUUACCUGCUUGUCGUGGUGUCCGGAUGGCAGCCAGUGAGCGACGAGGUCCAACACCAUGUUAGCCAGAUAAUGGACUUGUUAGCAAAUAAACAAACCCCCCAUACAUUGCUACGCCCUAUGGUAUGGCCAUUCUGCAUUGCAGGCUGUCUCGCUCAGCCGGCCCAACGAGCUGAAAUACGUCGAAUAGUCGGGGCUUUGCAGCCCUCAAUAGUGUUUAGUACGGUACGGAAAGCACUGGAGGUCAUGGAAAAUGUGUGGCACAGCAAAGAUGAGGAUGUGUAUCUGGACUUUUCUGCAUGCUUCAAAGCUCAGGGUGAUAUGGUAUUGCUAGUCUGA